AUGUCUCAUGCUGGGUUUCCACCCUCAACCAAUUCUGCCUCUAUUCCCUUCAUGAUAACUUCUACGUCACGUCAGAAACUCUACGAACUGGAAUAUACCAAAGACCAAGUAGACUCUCUCUCACCUUCACAAGCACUCAUCAUUCUUACACAUAACUUCAAACCAGAAACGUACGGCGCGUAUAUUCGCGCCACAUAUCAACCGAAAAAAACGCCAGAACUUGAUUUGGAUUUGCCUCCGGUUAUUCAGCUGGGAGGUAGUGUUGGUGAUGAGAGUGUUAAUGAUAGUAGCGGAUCACUUUCGAAUGAGCAUGAUUAA